AUGAGGGCUGUCCCAUCGCGGCGCCCAGCUUAUCCACUUCCAUCUCCCAGGGAAAAGCCAAACAUACUUCACACAUUGUUAUGGUGGGGCAGGCGGUGGGGUUCCAACAAACCAAAAUACCUAUGGGGCGAAAUGUUCUGUUUAGAUUUCACCGUUUUCCUUUUCUGCAUUUCCCAUGGAUUCCCUUUUCACACCACACAUGGCGGUAGCGGAACGCCUCAACACCAUCAUAGCGGAAUUUGCCUUUAUCAUGAGGGUGUGGUGAAUCCUUCCCUUUGUUCUUUUUGUUCAUGGCGCCGCGUGCCACCGAGUAAAAGGUGCCGUUGGAUGGACACACCAUGUCACGAGGGGAACGGGGAAGGGUCAUCUUUGCGGAAUACCUUUCAAACCCAUCUUACCCAGCGUUGA